AUGAGUACUCAGGAAGGCGGUUCUGGUUUCAAUGGAAAGAUGAACACGGAGCUGUUGGAGAUUCAACCUCAAGAAAUUAAGUUCAUAUAUGUAUUUGAGCAGCAUGGAGAAUUAAUUGAAGUUAAGGUUAUAUGCGAUCACAAGAGUGGGAAAUCAAAAGGAUAUGGAUUUGUGCAUUUUGUUUCUGAGGAGUCUGCCACCAAAGCCUUAGCAGAAAUGCAUGGUCAGCUACUGGAUGGUAGAAAUAUUCAGAUCAAUUAUGCAAACAAGAAAUAA